AUGGAGGAGAUUGACUUUUCUCGUCUGGCUAAACUGAAUUUGGACACUGGCGACGGCGAGGACAUGGACAGCUAUGGUUUCCUCUACUACUACGACCGCAGCUACGAUAAGCAGCCUGGUGCGAAGACGUCGGAGCGCAGGCUCAACGUACUCGACCGCGCCGCCUACAACGUCACCACUUCCAGCGAUCCAAUUAUCCAAGAACUUGCCGACAAGGACGAGGCCACAGUCUUUGCUACCGACAGUGUUCUGUCCAUGCUCAUGUGCGCGACAAAAUCUGUCUACUCCUGGGAUCUCGUCUUCUCCAAGAGGGGCAACAAGGUCUUCAUUGACAAGCGCGAUGGUUCAGCUCUGGACAUGGUCACUGUCAACGAGAACGCCGCAGAUGCGCCCCUCGAGAUCUCCGAGGGCAACAAGGACUCAAUGAACAGCCCAGGCGCCCUCAUGCUUGAAGCCACCCACAUCAAUAACGUCUUCCCCCUGCAGGUCGUGUCCGAGUCAGAGACGAACAAGGUCAACAUGCCACACGAGCACCCCUUCUACAACAGUGAAGUCGAGACCGAUCCUCCUGCAUCCAAGGCCUACAGGUACCACCGCUUCGAUUUGUCGCUGGAGAAGGACGAGGAGCCACUCCACUUGAUUGUACGAACAGAGCUGGAUGCGGUUGUCAAGAACAACAUCAACGGCGAGGACCAGUACUUGACUAUCAAGGCUCUCAAUGAAUUCGACAACAAGGCACAGGGUGCCGGUGGAGCUCUUGACUGGAGGACCAAGUUGGCCAGCCAAAGGGGUGCUGUCUUGGCUACCGAGAUGAAGAACAACUCCUGCAAACUCGCCCGAUGGACUGUGCAGAGUAUCUUGGCUAAGGCCGACACCAUGAAACUUGGUUUCGUUUCCCGUGCCAACCCCAAGAACAACAAUGACCAUGUUAUUCUCGGUGUUCUAACCAACAAGCCGCGCGACUUCGCCUCCCAGAUGGCUCUGAACCUCAACAACGGUUGGGCUAUUGUCCGUACCAUUGUUGACAUGGUACUUCGCAUGGACGAGGGCAAGUACGUGUUGGUCAAGGAUCCCAACAAGUCUCUUCUUCGCCUGUACUCUGUACCUCCCCACACUUUUGAAGAGGAAGACGUUGAGGACAUGCAGGCGCCUGAUGAGGAGGAUGAGGAGUAA